CCCACUUUCUCCCACACUCCCUUUCUCUCCCAUAGCUUUAUGCAUGCAACAAAGUAAGGCUUAAUUAACAACUCUUUCACUCUCUCUAUUUUGUUCAUACAAGCCAUCUACAAUGUCUAUGGUCGAGGUUAGAGUUCCGAAUCUCGAUUGCGAGGGAUGUGCUUCUAAGCUGAGGAGAGCUCUUUUCAAGCUCAAAGGAGUGGAAGAAGUGGAAGUGGAAAUAGAGAUGCAGAAAAUAACAGUAAGAGGGUAUGGAUUGGAAGAAAGAAAAGUGGUGAAGGCAAUAAAGAGAGCUGGAAAAGCAGCAGAAGCAUGGCCAUUUCCAGGAUACUCUUCUCAUUACACUUCCUUUUACAAAUACCCUUCAUAUAUAGUCAACCAUUAUUAUGACACUUACAGUUCCACUAAUUAUAACAACCGUCAUCAUAAUAACAAUAAACAGCAUCAUCUCAUUAGUAGUACUAAUACUACUGCUGGAGGAUCUCCCACUAAUUCCCUUCACACUUUCUUUCAAACUCCUUCCCUUUACUCUCUUGCUGUCUCCUCUGACCAUACCAUUGCCUCCCUUUUCAGUGACGACAAUCCCCAUGCUUGUUCUAUCAUGUGAUAUGUGAUAUCUAAUGUCUGUCAUCUUUUUCUUUUCUUCUUUUCAUUUUUUUAUACCAUCAUGAAUGAGCUAGGAUGCCUUAUCCUUCUUUUGUUUCUGUUUCUAGAGGUUUAUUAUUCUAUUUGAAAGGUUUUAAUUACGGAUUUAGUCUAUUUGUUUCCUUCAAUUGUGUACUUCAACUUUAAUCAAUGUCCAAAAAUAGCAUUUUAAGCUUUCAA